UUUUUUUCCCUUCCCCGACUCCCACCCCCUGUAAUUUUUUUAUGCAUUUUUCUAAACUGUCAUGGCGUUUAGUGUCCUUGGAAAUAAAUGCAGAGAGAGGAACGCGUAGGUUUUUACGCUAACUGAUGUCCGGAGCCGGCGUGUCCAGACGCAGACACAGAGAUCAAGAAAAAAUGAAAAUACAAAAGAAGGACAAGCAGAUGUCUGCCACCCAUGUACUAAAGCACACUCCAUCUGCUGCUGCCUCGAAUGCCUCUGACCAAAACGCACAAACUACAUUUCCCAUCGGCCUCUUGGGCAAAGAACAGUUACGAAUCAUUGGAGGGCCGCCCAAUCACUGCAUGGCUCACCCAAAGCACUCUGGGUUACGGGAGGCGGGGCCUGCGGCCAGCAGUCACAGUCUCCGCCCUUUAUCAAUCAACAGCGAGGAGGAUGAUGGAGGGGGCGGGACCAGGGUGAAGAAGAAACGAAGGAAAAAAGACAAGAAAGAGUCAGAGUGGCACAAAGAUGAAGAGAGCAACACUAAACCAAAGAGAAGGGAGCAAAAGGAAGGGAAGGAGCUUCUUGCGAGAAAGGCAAAGGUGGCAAAGGAACAAAAGGAUCAUAAGAAGAGGGAGCCAAAAGCCCAAAAAGAGGUCAAAAAAGUCAAGAAAGGUCAAGAUGUAAAAGUGAAAACACAGGCCAAGAACAUUGCAACACAUCCUCCCUCCAAAAGAGGGAGGAAGCCAAAAGAGCAGGGUGCCAUGCCUCCGGAGAAGAAGAAGAAGGGAAAGAGGAAAAGUGAUGCUGUACUUGAGAUGGUGGAGAGUGAUGACACAACCUCUCUCAGCACGCUCGCCACUGGCGAGGAAAGCAUCGACCCUAUGGAUAACACUAAGAGGCGAUCGGGGCGUCAAGUGAAGCGGCGGAAGUAUAACGAAGAUCUUGAUUUCAAGGUCGUGGAUGAUGACGGGGAGACCAUCGCUGUGUUGGGCACGGGCCGGUUUGCCGCCAUGUCUUCCUCUACCCUCGCCUGGCAGGCUGAGGAACCCCCUGAAGAUGAAGCUAAUAUCAUUGAGAAAAUACUCUCAGCGCGAACGGUCAAGAAAGAGACAUCCCUUGACGAACCACCAGAAGAGAUGGAGGAGUUUUACGUCAAGUUCAGAAAUUUCUCCUAUCUGCACUGUAAAUGGGCGACCUUGGAGGAACUGGAGAAGGACCCACGCAUUAGCCAAAAAAUGAAGCGCUUCAGAAACAAGCAGGCGCAAAUGAAGCACAUUUUCACAGAGCCGGAUGAAGACCUGUUUAAUCCAGAUUAUAUUGAAGUUGAUCGGGUUUUAGAGAUCGCUAUCACCACAGAUACAGAAACUGGAGAGGAAGUUACACACUACCUGGUGAAAUGGUGCUCUUUGUCAUAUGAGGAGAGUACUUGGGAGCUUCAAGAAGAUGUUGACCCUGUGAAAAUCAGAGAGUUUGAAGACCUCAAGGAAAUUCCAGAAAUCAAGCAUGUGGAAAGGCCUCUGCCCGAACAGUGGCAAAAACUGGAGAAGUCAAGAGAAUACAGGAAUGGGAACCAGCUGCGAGAAUACCAGUUAGAGGGAAUGAACUGGCUUCUUUUCAACUGGUACAACAGGAAAAACUGUAUUCUGGCUGAUGAGAUGGGACUUGGGAAGACCAUCCAGUCCAUCACGUUCCUCUAUGAGAUUUUCCUCAUGGGUCUAAGGGGACCUUUCCUCAUCAUCGCCCCGCUCUCCACUAUCACCAACUGGGAGAGAGAGUUCCGCACAUGGACUGAAAUUAACGUCAUCGUCUAUCACGGCAGCCAGAUCAGUCGGCAGAUGAUCCUGCAGUAUGAGAUGUACCACCGAGAUGAACAGGGAAACAUUGUGUCUGGUCAGUUUAAGUUUCAUGGCAUCAUCACUACAUUUGAAAUGAUAAUGGCCGACUGUCCAGAGCUGAAGAAGCUUAACUGGUGCUGUGUGGUGAUCGACGAGGCCCAUCGCCUAAAAAACCGCAACUGUAAACUACUGGAGGGACUCAAACUCAUGAACCUGGAACAUAAAGUCCUUCUCACAGGAACUCCUUUGCAGAACUCGGUUGAGGAACUCUUCAGCCUGCUUAACUUUCUCGAACCCUCACAGUUCCCUUCCGAGACCACUUUCCUGGAGGAGUUCGGAGACCUGAAGACGGAAGAACAGGUAAAGAAACUGCAAACCAUUCUGAAGCCCAUGAUGCUGAGGAGACUGAAGGAUGACGUGGAGAAGAAUUUGGCCCCUAAAGAGGAGACAAUCAUUGAGGUGGAGCUCACUAAUAUUCAGAAGAAAUACUACCGCGCCAUUCUGGAGAAAAACUUUGCCUUCCUUGCCAAGGGAGCAAACCAGCACAACAUGCCCAACCUCAUCAACACAAUGAUGGAGCUUCGCAAGUGCUGCAAUCACCCAUACCUCAUUACAGGAGGUCUGGGCAUCAACCUCACCGCCGCUGACACGUGUAUCAUAUUCGACUCUGACUGGAAUCCGCAGAACGAUUUGCAGGCUCAAGCUCGCUGCCACCGGAUCGGUCAGAGCAAAGCGGUAAAAGUAUAUCGCCUUAUUACACGAAACUCAUAUGAGAGGGAGAUGUUUGACAAGGCCAGUUUGAAACUGGGAUUGGACAAGGCUGUUCUGCAGGACAUCAACCGCAAGGGCAGUCUCAAUGGGGUUCAGCAGCUGUCUAAGAUGGAGGUGGAAGAUCUUCUCAGGAAGGGAGCGUACGGUGCGCUUAUGGAUGAGGAAGAUGAGGGCUCUAAAUUUUGUGAGGAGGAUAUUGAUCAGAUCCUGCAGAGACGCACACAGACCAUCACAAUCCAGUCUGAGGGGAAGGGAUCAACUUUUGCCAAGGCUAGCUUUGUGUCUUCAGGGAACCGUACAGACAUUUCUUUGGAUGAUCCAAACUUCUGGCAGAAGUGGGCCAAAAUUGCUGAACUGGAAAUUGACUCCAAGGCAGAAAAGGAGAGUCUGGUGAUCGACACUCCUCGCGUACGGAAGCAGACGCGUCACUAUAAUUCGUUUGAGGACGAUGAACUCAUGGAGUUCUCUGAACUGGAUAGUGACUCAGAGGAACGGCCCUGUCGCACAAGACGUCUCAACGAUCGCAACAGACGCUACCUCCGAGCGGACUGCUUCAGAGUGGAGAAAAACCUUCUCAUUUUCGGGUGGGGUCGCUGGAAGGAUAUUCUCAAUCAUGGGCGUUUUAAAUGGCACCUGACGGAGAGAGACAUGGAGGUGCUGUGCAGGGCUCUUCUGGUCUACUGUGUUCGCCAUUAUAAGGGAGACGAUAAAAUUAAGAGCUUCAUCUGGGAUCUGAUCACACCCACUAAAGACGGACACAAUCAAGCACUACAAAACCACUCAGGUCUGUCUGCUCCUGUCCCACGGGGUCGUAAAGGCAAGAAGCUGAAGAACCAGUUGAGUCCCCCUGAGCUGAAGAAUGCAGACUGGCUGGUCCACUGUAACCCAGAGGUUGUGCUUCAGGACGACAGCUACAAGAAACACCUCAAACAACACUGCAACAAGGUUCUGCUGAGGGUGCGGAUGCUGUACUAUUUGAAGGUCGAAGUGCUUGGGGAGGCUGCCAAUCAGGCACUUGAAGGGAUCCCAUCCAGUAAACUGGAGGUAACCCUCCCUGAUAUCGACUAUAUUGAGAUACCUACUAUAUGGUGGGAUGCUGAAGCAGAUAAAUCGCUGCUUAUUGGAGUUCACAAACAUGGGUAUGAGCGGUAUAACGCCAUGCGUGCGGACCCUGCUUUGUGUUUCCUGGAGCGAGUGGGUAUGCCUGAUGUCACUGCAUUGACGGUAGAGCAAAGUGGAGCAGAAACUGCUUCAGAUGCACCUGAUAGUAUCAGCAAGAGUGAUGAAAUCAAAGAGGAGAAUGAUAUUAAGUUUGAGGAAUCAGAAGAGAAAGUAGAGAUCAAGGAGGAACCCAUGUCAGAGGAAACAGGGAGAAAUGACAGUACAGUGACAGGGGGCUUUAUAGGAUCUCUCGCAGGAGACCUUGUUGCAGAAGUGAUGGAGCAGGGACGGAUACAGUGGCCGGCAGGCUCGGCUCUUACAGCACGUCUGCGGCGCCUCAUUACUGCCUAUCAGCGUUAUACACGACGUGAGCCGCUUCGUCAUGAUUUUCUCUUACACGAGGGAAUUGCACCUGUGGCCUGGCAAAUAGGAGAGUUUAGGCACUGCACUACUGAGCCUGACCCGCUCUUUUUAGAGUGGCAACGAAGGUGGACACGUCGAGAGCAGGCUGACUUCUACCGCACAGUGUCCUCGUUUGGAGUAGUAUAUGACCCAGAGAAGAAGACUUUUGACUGGACCCAGUUCCGUGCCCUUGCUCGAUUGGAGAGGAAGACGGAUGAAAGCUUAGAGAGAUAUUUCCACAGCUUUGUUUCAAUGUGUCGAACUGCAUGUAGACUGCCGCCCAGAAAAGAUGAAGGUAACGUGGAUCCUUCACUGUUUGUGGAGCCCAUUACAGAAGAGCGAGCUGCCAGAACAUUAUAUCGUAUUGAGCUUUUGAGAAAGGUCCGUGAGCAAGUAUUGCGCCACCCACUCCUGGGGGCACGACUGCAGCUUUGUCGCCCUAGCUUGUAUUUGCCCGUCUGGUGGGAGUGUGGCAAACAUGACCGUGAUCUUCUCAUUGGGGUCGGUAAGCAUGGAUUGAGUCGAACUGAUUUCUACAUCCUCAAUGACCCCCAAUUUUCCUUCCUGGAGGCCCACCGGAACUAUGUUCAUAAAGAAAACCACAGAUAUCCAGUCCCAGGCUUGCCCCACCACCAUUGCUGCUUGUAUGAUGCCAACCUUGGGCAUUGUCAGUCCCCACAACCACCUCCAGAGUAUCACCACACGCCAACACAACUCGUCCAUACUCAUGGGCAUCACCAGGCCACAGAAGUGGUGGCAUCAGAGUCUGGAAGUUCCCUAGGGAUAGAUACAGGAAAUAGUGAAGGAUUUUUGGAUUGUCCUCCAUUGGAUGACUCUCUGGAGUUGGGGUCAUUGCAACAUGAAGGCUUGACAUCAGACACACUACAUGGCAAAUCUGGUAAAGAGGCCUUCAAUGGAUUCCCGUUCAAUUCUGCAACCGGUGGGCAGAAUAUGCUAAAUUCGUACGGUGUGCAAGGGGAGUUAAAUGGGUCUCAAGGAGACAUGGUGGACUCCAUAGCUGGGAAACUUCGCAGCGAUGUUCUGGUGGGAGAGCAAGGGUCCUCAGAGGAAACUGGCUUAAUGGCUCCUUCUGUGGAACUAGAUGAACUUCAAACUCCAUGGGAAAGCUCGGACCAUGCUGAAACUUCUGACAUGUUCAACGAGACUGAUCCCAUCUUGGGAGCGCCAACUUUGGAACCCAGCUUUCUUGAUGCUCCUCAACCAGAAGAUGGACGGGAGGGUGAUGAAACGCUCACCGACUGUUUGAGCAUGCCUAGUUCGGACUCUCAAAGCAACCCUGUCGAACCACUGGCACCAAGCUUCAUGUUGUUCAAAGACCUUAAUGUUGGAGAGACUUCUGUGGAUCAGACAGAUCUGUCAGCCAGUCUUCCAGAAUAUGUUCCACCACCACCUCUUGGACUCCCGGAUGUGAGUUUUGACCAGACAGAUCCCAUUAGUGAGGAGCAAGAGGACAGGCUUAGUGAUUCCAACAUCACACAUGGUGUUCCCAGUCCAGAAGGAGCUGAAAGCAUAAGGUUUCAUUUUGAGAAAGAAGACCUUUCUCCAGACAGUCCGAAGACAAAGGAUACUCAAGAUGAGAUCGACAAGAUGCCUUCAACAGAGUCUCCAAGGGAAAAUUGUCUCGAGGAAUCUCAGAAAGGGGAGGUGCCAUUUGACGAUUCCAGUGGAGAUUUGAAAGAUCCUUGUGAAGUGGCUUUCGAAGAACCUUAUGAAAAGCCUCUGACAGAGCCAGAAAAAGUGCCUUUAGAGGAGUCUUAUGAUUUAACUUGUGACGAGACCCUGCAGGAACCUUGCGAAGGGUUUCAGCAAGACACAGCGGAACAGCAGUUGGUGGAAGAAACCUGCAAAGAACCGCCAGAGCCAAUAGAAGAGUGCAAUCUAACUAACACUACUCUUUCAACAGAUUACCCUAUGCCUUCUUCACUCCCAUCGUCUCCAACUACCUUACCUGACAUCUCUGUAUCCCCUGGCCUUGACGCAGUCCCAAAACAAGAGUUUCUCGUGGAUCCAGUGGUGUCAGAUGUGAAGCCUGAGCCAGAUAGCACUACGCAGACCCCUCACCUUGAGCAGACUGAGGUUUUGGAAGUAAAGGACAAGAUAAAAGAUGAAGGGGCAAAGGCACCAGCAUUAUUGGGUGAUGUUGAUGGACCACGCUUUGCAUUGCCCAUGUGUGAGAUGCCAGAAAGUGUCCAUGAAAUAAGGGAACCAACCAUUGCUCAGCUUCUACAAGAGAAAGCACUCUACUCCUUCUCAGAGUGGCCUAAGGACAGAGUGAUCAUCAAUCGUAUUGACAGUAUCUGCCACACUAUCUUAAAGGGGAAGUGGCCUUCCUCCAGUCAACAGUAUGACUCUCCCACCUCAUUGGCUAACACCUGCGUGCCCAGCAGUGCCCACCAGAGGGCAGGAUUUCUGCCUACCAGAAUGCCUAUAUCUCAGAGCCUUAACUUUAACCUCUCACACACAGUACCCCACUUACCAAAGGAGCGGUUAGUGGCCCCAGCAUUUCUCCCUGAGCUCAAACGUCCGAGACGUGGGUUUGAAUUCGAGGCAGAAGUCCUUGCCAAACCAAGCCAUCUUGGAGAAAAGAUCCAGGUUGGCGUGCCUCAUCGUGCAAACGCUCUCCUCCUUAAUGGCUGGCAGGACGCCGCUAUUGACCUCUCCAAACCAACAGAGCUAACAGUUGGUGGAGACAGUGGGCCAAUCAGUCAGAUGAGCCACACUGUCCAGUCAGCGCCCCAUAAAAUAACUGGGAUAGGCUCCAUACAAGGCUCACUGGGAUUGGAUAUGGCUGGCAUUUUGCAGGCUGGCCUGAUACACCCUGUCACGGGGCAAAUUGUCAACGGCUGUCUUCGUCGUGAUGAUUCAAUGUUGAGACAGAGGAGAGGACGAAGAAGAAAUGUGGAGACUCCUGAUCUCAACUUUAUAAAGAGACAAAGCAUGAACUUGCCUGAACAACAGAGUGGGUCAGAGAGUAUCAGCCACCCUGUUGUGUCCUCCACAUCCUCCCAGUCAGAAGGCCCUCCAGCCACCCUGACUACACUUCCUACUCAGCUUCCAGCACCCUCUCCAGCUCCUCCUCCAGCCUCAGAGACCCUGAAUGUGAGCAUGGACAGGGAAACAGCCAAUAAAGGCCUAAUGGAAUGGCUCCGACAAAACCACAACUUCAACAUGGAGCUUUCUGCUUUUCCGUCUCAGAAUGCAAACAUAUUGCACAGUUUCCUGGAGCGUCCAAAACAGAGAAGGCAUCGCUGCAAAGACCCAUCCAAACUCGACGUCAGCUCUCUAACUGGGGAGGAGAGAGUCCCAGUAGUGCACAGAAACACAGGCCGCAGGCUUGGAGGCGCUAUGGCUCCAGCGAUUAAAGAGCUCUCCCGAUGGCUGGAUGCAAACUCAGAAUACUCUGUGGCUCCUGAUUGGGCGGAUGUGGUGAAGCACUCGGGUUUUCUACCGGAGGGCAAAUUCACACGCAUCCUCUCUGGCCCCGUGUGUCGGGAUCCCGGUCCGCGUAGAAGAGGCAGGCGACCCCGCAGCGAGAUACCCAAAGCCCCCGAGCUCGCCGCUGCCAUGGGUCCGCUCUUCAUGAACGGUGGGCUCAUUGGCAGCAUGGAUCUAGUUAGCUUACCCAAUCUCCGCAAUGUCCCUGGCAUCCCGCUAACCGGUAUCAUGGGCUUUCCUCACGGUUUUGCCACUGCCGUACCGUCAGGAGAAGAUGCCAAGAAUGGACUCAGCAUGCUGCCCAUGAUGCUCCACGGCAUGGCGGCCGUGCAGCCGCCCAUGUACAGCGCUCACAUGAGUGGGAUGAUAAAUCAACAGCUGUCCACAGUGAUGUCCACUGCAACCGCAUCCUCCACUUCAGCGAGCGUGACUUCGACGAGCUCCACAACCGUAACCGUAACCUCAACCUCCAGCCCAGCAGAUAGUUCGGAUUCUGCGCCUCAGCGUGAAAACGCAAGCUCUCCGAUGAGCACGGAGAAUGGGAAUAAGGAGGAUGCAAAGCAAGGAGGGGAAGAGAAGAAAGUGUCCGCUUCUGUGUCUACAGCUGCGGCCACUAGCAGCAGUAGUAGUAGCAUCACAAGCACCGGCAGCCAUUUGACCUUUAACCCCUUUCUAAUCCCGGGAAUGUCACAUAGUCUGUUGUAUCCGCAUAUGUUCUUGCCACCGGGCAGUAUAAUGGCUCUGCCCACUAUGCCCGCAGCAGACAGCACGGGCAGCCCCAAGAGGAAGAGGAAGAAGGUUAGGGAGGAAGGAGCAGAGGAGGGAAGCGGCAAUGUUGGUGUGGAAUCGAAGGGGGUUAAAGACGAACAGACACCCGAACAAAAGAGCCAAGAGGGCGGAAUGGAUGAAGGCGGACCUGAUGUAGAUUUAGCUCAGGUCAAAGAUCUUUCUGACCCUAUAAAAGAUCCUUCUGAGGAUAAAAGUACUGAGGAAAAGGACAUAAAUGAGAUGGGAGAGGAAACGGAGUCAAAUGCUCUAAGCUCUUGUGACGGUGGAGACUAGAAUGCAUUCUCAUGUUUGGGCUGCAGUACUUUUGUACGUGUCGUGUCGGUAAAGUUUGUGUAUAGGACUUUGAUUAUCCAUGUAUUGUUUAUAGAUCUGCCCUUGUAAUUUCACUGACAUAUACUCUACCUUUUGCGUGUGUGCUAAAGAUAUAGACACUUAAAGCAUGCAAACACUCAGAGGUCUCGAAUCCUAAAAAAGGGACAACAUCAUCAUUGGUGUUAGUGUGUUCCUUUUGCAUCAUGGGAAUGGAUAUUCAGACGAUUCUGUCUAUUGACGGAGAACGCUCUUAGUGACCCCAGCAUUUUUAGGUGUUAUUCACUAGCAUCUUUCACAGGUUCUCAGAAAGCAGUAGGAUGUUGGUAUUGUGCAAAAAACAGACGGCGGUCUCACUUCGUAAUGGUGUUUCGGAUCACGCUCUUAUAAGUUGCAUAAGACCUAGAUUCAUGUUUUGAAACAUUUCUCUGAAUAAUGUAAAGAAAACACUCAUCCCAUUGGUAGAUUACCAGCAGAGCUGCAUCUGAUACAGUCUCGAUGGAUCACAGUAUUUUGUUCUUAGUUGCUUGCUGCUAUGUAUUCAUUUUAGUGAAGAUUUUAACCUAAAUCCUUUACAAAGCUAUAGGUGGCAUGAGUGCAACAUGGUGAGUGCAAUGGAAACUCAAAAAGAGCAAGGCUUGAAGUUGAUGGCAAAGAACAAUCCUGAGAUUGAUUUAUCUUUUGUUUUGUUUGUCUUGUUUUUGAUGUCAUUUCCACGUGGUUGCUUUGAUAAGAUGCCCCCGUUGGGAUACUACUAAUCAUUAUAGAGGUGGCUAUAUAUACUUAGGGGUGCUGCAAGUUCAAGAGUGAAGGGUUAGUGCCAUAGAUGAGACUUGGUUCUAAAUGGUUUUGGUGCACGGGCUUAUAAAAUAAGUGAUGCAAAGCAGAUGGUAGAAAAUUGCGAGAACUGUGUUUUUAGUUACUUUAAAAGGAUAAUUCACCCUAAAAUUAAAGUUCUGUCAACAUUUCACCCUUAUGUCAUUCGAACCCAUAUGAAUGUCUUCUGUGGAGCAUAAAAGCCGCAUGCUCACAUUAAGAAGUGGCUGUCAGACUUCAAAAAUGACCAUAAAACUACUCUGUAUCACUACUUUUCCUUAUGCAAAGCUACCUUGUGUCUUUAGAUAACUUGGAAUAUAGUGCACAAUUAAUUUGAGCUACUUUUAUUGUGCAUUUUUGCCCUUCUUGAAGUUUGAUAACCCCUAGUCAUUGUGCUUUUAUGUGGGGAAGAGCAGUCUUAAAAACAGGUUUGAAACAACAUUAGGGUGAAUAAAUUAUGCUGGAAAGUUAAGUUUUGGGUGAAAUAUUCCUUAACCAAAAAUAAGACAAAAAUAUUUUUACAUAUCCCUGUUUUUUUGCCUUCACUAAAGCCCUUAGGUUGAUGGGGUUGACAGGAAGACGUCAGACCGUCUCGUUCUCCUCAUGGGUUACAUUACUCUUAUUUUCUCUGGUGCAUUUGAAAAUACUAUAGAGUAAAACCUACCGAGAUUUUUGAAAACAUGUAAAUCUAUCUAGCUGUAUAUUGCUGUUACUUUUGUUUACAAGCACACAAUGUUAUUUUUCCUCGCCAGUAUGUCUCGUAUUGGGAGGAUGUGUAAAAGAAAAAAAAAAAACAGCACUAGUGUUUCUUUUAUUUGAAACAAUUUACACUAGUUGAUAACCAGAGAUAAUUUAACUUGUUUUCUCCCCCAGUCUCAACAGGGUCUCUCUUUUGUGGGAGUAUUCAUUUUCCACCUUUUCAUCUUUCUUGUUUUUUUUUUCUCUUUUUUUUCAGUUUUCAGAUGUGAAAACAUUUUUUGCACAGUCUUUUUGGUGAAUGUUUACCUGUAAUUGUGUUCCGUCUUGUUUGUUUAUGUGUGUUCGUGUGGACGCAUGCGCACGCUUGCACAUGCCACUUCCUGUACAGUUUGACCUAUGUAAACCUGUACUGUAAAUUUCUUGUCUAAACAAAACAAAACAAAAAAAUCAUGGUCACCUUCAAAAAUACAUGCUGUUGUUGCCUUGUCACACUAUUUGUGACACCAUGAUGUAAUUUAUUUUGCUUUUAUUUCUCUUUUUACUUUGCCAAAUUCACCAAAUAUGACAUUUCCCCUUUCUCAUAACAUCUAUUUUACUUUGCAAUGCCUUAUUUAGUGGUUUAUAUAUGGAUGUUUGUUACAUCUUUAUGUUGGAAAAUAUAUCUAUCAAAAUACUUGUGUACAGUGUCAACGUUUUGGGAAGCAGUCUCGGUCAUACUAGUUCAAAUCUAGUUGUACAGAUACUGACCUUCUUGUGCAUUUUUUUUGUGUAAAACUUCAGAUUAUAAAACCUUUCAAAUAACAUAAUCAGGCCUCUUUCCUCUCUCAACUCAUUCAAAGCAGUAUUGCAAAGCACAAAGUCUACUUGACUUUCAAAAAUGUCUCAUUGUUAGUCUGAAAGCUUACCUCAGACCUUUCUCUAUUGUCCCUACAAUGCUUUCUCCGUAACAUCUGGUGAACAAAAACGCACAGACCUCAUCUAGACGUCUGGAUGAUUGUGUUAUCCUUGCUUUUGACGUUUUGAGAAGUUCGUAUCUCUC